AUGAUGAACACGCCAGACAUACCUGAGCGCGAGGAAGCCGCCAUGCACCUGCUAGAUAUGGUGUCCACAUCUGCCAACCAGAGAGUCGCAUCGGUCAAGCCUUCUACUGGCAAAAAUAUGUCUCUGCAGGACAGAGCUGUGCUUGAGCAUGCCAAAAAUCUGCUAAACGUACCUCCACAUCGGUUGAAGACGAGGGCGGAACGCGACACAGCAAAGGGUGAAAGCGCUGGAAACUCUGGUCAUUUUCACAGUGAGGCAGUCGCUUACCUUUCAAAGUACAUCAAGAGAUACAAUGACAUUGACAAGAUGGCAAAAGGGAAGAACACGCACCUGGGAAACUUUUGGCAGGACAUGAGAGCCGGGUUUUGGGAGGUCAUGACCAUCACAAAGGCUAGAGAGGGUAUGAGUGGAGCUGCAGGGUUAUCAGAUGAUGACAUAGUCAACACUACUAAUGAGUACUACCACAUUAAACAUGGCGAUUGGGUUACUGAGGAAUACAACUGUCGCGGUGGCAGUGCAGCAGCAGAUCAGCUGAAGGUUCGCAAUGAGAUCAUGCACGAUUUGUUUGAUGCACUGCCGAGGGACGAGAAAGUAGCCUUGGAGAAGGAAUACAUGGCCAAGUUUGAGGCAAAGAUAGACGAGUGGGAGCAGGGUUUAGGCAUGGCAAACGUGGAGAAUGCGGUAGUAUCUUCUGAAAUGCAAGCAGAAGCUAGGGCUCGUCUACCGCACUUUGUUGUCCUGUUGUUGAAAUGCAUCGCACAUCACACUGGCAUGCCAUGUAUAUUUUUGACUGCGGGCACGGCACCAGAAACGUGCAAUGGCGGCUAUCGCUUUCUCAGGGUGCACGUUGGAGAGAGCCUUGGUCUCUUGCCAAGAAAUUUCAGCAAGUUUGACUCAGUUGGCUAUACCCAAAACAUUAUUGAGCAGUUCAUGAUAUUCGUCCAAUCUACAUCAGAGGUGACGAGGCUCAGCUCUAGAGAGCAGCCGGUUCACGCCGAGAACACCACCACCUUUCAAGUUCAGCUACACAACCCAUUCAAGCAAGAGCACCAGGAUUGCACGAAGGAGGCUGUGUCAAAGGCAAAUGAGAAGAAGGAGAAGGAAAAAAGGUUGAAGAAGUGUUCUCCUACUGCUGCACAAGAGUCUGGAGAGAGUGCCGUGCCUCCAACGGCUGCUAAUGCUCCUGAUACUACGUCUCACACAUGUACACCACCUUCGAACGCCGCAGUUGCACCCCCUGUUCCUGUGGUGGAUUCAUUAGCAGCAGCUUUUGUCGAAGGAGAGAACGCCCACCAGACUAGCCAUUCAGCUAACCGUUCAACGAAGAAGUCUGGAUUGAAGAAGAAGGCGGCAGCAGCAGUGGCAUUGUCAGAGAAUGCAAAUGGGGCUUCGAGACAUGAGGUCGAGCUGCUGUCAGAGGGUAGAGGACAGAGAGAGAUUGCAAGGCUUGAUGCUUUGAGCCUUGAGGGGGUGGAGAGAGACCGUGUGACACCAGCCGUGCAUACCAAUUUGUCUGACACUCAGCCAAUGUUUGCAAAUCCAGAGCAAGGCAAUGAUGUGUCUUCUUCACAGGAUCCCGCACUUGCUAGUCCAUUCACAAGCACACCUGAAGCUCAAGAUGGCUCCCUGCUUGCAGAGUUGCUAGAGCUCCCUGGUCUGAUGCCCUUUGUGUCUGAUCUGCACAGGCUGCCUAUCCUCCCUGAUGACCCCAGCGCACCUGUACCAUUUGGCCCACCUGAGAAUAACUUUGAUGGUGUCAGCUUGUUCAUUGAUCCAGAGCUCCCAGCAUCGUUGCUGAUUGCAGGCGUAGAUGUUGGGAUGACGGCGCCUGAGAUUGUCACAGCCAAGCAAAUCUCGGCUGUUUCCGGACAGGCUUUCGAUGCCUUACCCACACGCGCUGCGUCCUCUUCAAUUCAUUCCACUGCUACAACGCUUUCGAAUGCUUUUCCUUUCUGUACACGUCCAGCUGCCCUCCUUGUCAUUGCUUACACUCUAGCCGCUCUGACCUUUAAUGCACCUUUGGUCGACUUCAGCCCCAGUACGCCUGCUCUAUCAACAUCGUCAGGUGGUGCCACCUCUUGUUUGACCUUGCCUGUAUCUUUAGAGGCCGAGGUCAACCUCAGUGAAUGUCCAGGCUGGCUAUCACAGCACUACCAGACAUUUGCUGAUGAAGAUGUUCUGGAUGGGAUCGCUGCAGAAUGGAUGGGGCUGCUGCAUGGCUGGGUCGCUUACAAGUGCAAGAUGCAGUUUGCUUGCCCACACUUGGGUUUUGCGUCAGCGGAUUGCCCUGAAGAAAUCGCCCUGUGGAUGAAGAUCGCACGUGGCGGUCGCAUCAUUAUAAAGAAGCCCACGGCGUAUGCCCUACAGUUGCAUAAGUGGUGA